UUUACCUUUGGAGGGAAGUUUUGUAUCCACUGUAGUCGAAAAUAAUAGACAAAAAGUUGCCGUGUAAUCGACUUCAAAGGUGUAAGACAAACCGCAUUAAAUUUGAUCGAGGUGCAUCGCAAUAUUGAACUGCUGAAUGCUUUUGCCGAUCACCGUGUUGCAUUAUGCCGAUCACUGUGUUGCAUUAUGCACACAUCACACCCAAACGCAACUCUUUAGGUUUCUGGGUUAGCAUGUUCGCUGCAGUCGUAUUACCUCGAUCGUGUUGCUGCAAGGAUGUAAAUAAUCCAACCGUGCAGACCCGACUAAAGGAGAACCGAUUUAUGUUUUGAACGAAUGUGGCCAUGGAUGAGAAGAGAAGAUUGGAAAGUCAGCUCUGUGCAGCAGUGAACAAGGGAGAACCUCGAUCUGUGCAGCUACUUCUCUCCCAGGGUGCAAUCCCUGACCUUGUGGGGAAAAAGGGGGUGGCUGCCAUACAUUUGGCUGUCGGCAAAGAAACCGAAAAGAACAUGCGUUGCUUGAAACUGCUAUUGCAAAAUGGUGCUGAUCCGAAUGUUAGAUCAUCAGAGGGCCUAACUCCCCUUCACGUCGCUGCAAUUUGGGGAUGCUAUCAAAAUCUGAAGUUGCUUUUGAUGAAUGGUGGGAACCCCAACAUUAAAGAUAACGAAGGAAAUACACCAGUGCGCCUUGCAGAACUGGAGGACAACAGAAGGUGUGCUCAGCUUUUACAAGAGUAUGUAUACAGUUGUGCGGGCACGGGAGAGGAGGACCUGCCUCAAUUCAAAUACUCGGUAUAUUCCGACUGCACGGACACAUCUUGCUUCCCUGACCGUGGCUACAGCUUCACUUCCCAGUCAUCUCUGAUAAGUGACCUUGGUGAAGUCCCUUUAAGCAGCACAAGGCGGUCUUCAUUUUUUAACCGUUCAAACAUAAAUGGAAGGACAUCUUGCAAAGCAAUCAGGUGUAACAGAGUCUUGGAUGGAGACACUGAAAUGCAAGAUAAUCCAAACUCCGGCACCUUACACUGGCCGUCUGAAGAGGCCUCCUUUUUAUCAAGCACAAGGGUGUCCACAGCGGGACCCACAAUACCAUUUCCAAAGGGAAAUGAUCUGUUUGCUGAUAAGGAUGUGCUCUUGUCAGAGGGAGCUGUACUCAAUAUACCCACAGCAGAUGGACAAAUUGCUACUGCCAAAAUCAACUUGCCUCCCAGAUUUCUCUCUAGACGAGCAAACGGUAAAAGUGUCAGCUUCUGUGAUGUUGAUGAAUAUUUUCCUGUUUUCACUUCUGAAUCUCCGAAAAAGACGGCGGCCGUUGAGGAUACGCAGGGUGAUGGCAGCAUGUCUUUCAACCUUUCGGAGUAUUCUGGCUUUCUAGAUCCAGAACGUUUGGCAACAGUUCUCCCGCAACAGGGCAUAGAUGUCACCUCACCAGACCAUGUCUUUGUUUUUUGCCGGGAAAGUAGUGAAAGUAGAGGCGACGACUUGGAGAAAACAGUCAUCAGUCACUGUGCUUCGGAAGACGACGAUAAAAAGGGGGAUGAGUUUGUAAAUGAAGCUCUACGGAAGGUCAAAGAACAGCCGGCACAUCCAAGUAAGCCCAGCAGUAGCAGCGGAGGCAGCAGUAGUUACGGUAGUUGUGAGAGUGACCAUUACGCCAGCGCGCUGGAUAUUUCCGUGCCCCCCAAACGGCUUUCUUUUUCUGAACAAACUACCAAACGCCCCGAAGGAGACGUCCCACAAGCUCAAAGUGAACCCCUGGUUGAUGUUUUUGAACUUGAUAAACCCAAGCUGACUGAGGAUAAUUAUCAAAGGACUAAUGUGGUUAAGGCUCGCACUGAUCCUGAUGUAAUUACUUUAAGUGAGGAAAACUACCUGUUUGAGGACAUUCAAGCAGAUAAUCCACCAGAAGGCAAAGAAACAUUUACACCUAGUCCAUUCGUCACAGGCCGGACAGAGUCGAGGCUUAGCCGCUGCUCACUUAGAAAUAGCACAACCCCUGAGAGCCUCUUUCGCACUUCUUGCCUGUUUGAGGAGACGCUUCCUAAACCGGUGCGAACUCGGCACACAACUCCCAGAUCUCAGAAAAACAACUACAGUUCGCCACGUUCUCUAUGUUUCAUACCGUCCAAUUCAGAUAAUGGCACAGCACCUGAUUCGUUGUGCGGAGAUUAUUCAGCCACUCAGUCCAGCACCCUCGGAGCAGGUUCAUGUGUGAGAUCGAGCCAAGCUGAUACCCUCAUCCUUCCCAAAAGCAUCUGUAGCACAUUUGCUGAGUCACAGACUCUUUGUGAUACUGUUAUCUUAGAGGAAAAUCACGAAUCCUCAAUGGAUUCCUACGAAAGAAAUCUUGCAGAGGUCAUCCAGGCUCUACAAGGACAAGAGGUCGGACUUUCUGAAGGUAAGGAUUUUUUGACAGAUGACGUGACAAGUACAGAUGAGGCAACAAAGAAGGCAAACAAUUUUCCCGAAGUAGCUUGCCAACAGCAAGAUGACGUCUGGAUCACAGGGGACACUAGCUCGCAUACAGAAUCUGUCUCGUCUUCAUCCAGCUCCAGCUAUUUUUCCCCAAGGAAGUCAAGGGAAAGCUCAGAUCUUCCAUGCACGCCAGGUACCGGAUGCACUCCUAGAUACAGCAUGAGUCUGCUAUCGGCUCACCGCAAGUCACAGCACCUGGCCAACCUGUCUUACACUCCUGGGGGGCGUCCGCACAUUGAGAAUUCAGAUGAACCGGUGGAGUACCUUUACACUGAUACGGAGCAGGGUCACAAACUGAUUGAGGCCCACAUUCCACCUACCGCUAAUACCUCGCACAGCUCCAACAUCAGUACCACGAGCAGGGAGGAGACCAUCCUCUAUGACUGGCGCUCCAUGCAGACCAAUACUGCAGACUGCAAAGAAAACCAGAAGCCACUAGAAGGCCCCAAUGACAAGAAAGCCAAUGAGGUUAAGUCUAAGUUGUUGCUGGAGACGGAAGGGAUGACCGACAAGGAGCUCAGACGGAGGCUCAUAGAGAUGGGAGAAAGUCCAGGAGCCAUUAGUCGUCGAACCAGGCCAGUCUACAUUCAAAGGCUGCGCCGCUUGUUGCAUGGGUCUAACUCGAAACCAUCACAGCACCAAGAUGAAGUAGAACAGCCACAAACAGGAUGUGGAGGUUAUAGCGCAGAGCUGAAUUUGGCCCUGCGAAUGUUCAAGCUGCCCGACUGUCAGGAUGAUGAGCAGGCCUUGUGCAAACAAUUUGAUCAACCAGAUCAGAACAGAAAAUGGAGAGAGGGCAAUAUCAAGUCCAGCUUCAAUUACCUGCUGCUCGAUCCAAGAGUGACCAAAAAUCUUCCGUGUCGUAGUCACGCCAUGACCCCACAGGACUGUUUCCAGACAUUUGUCAAUGGCAUUUUUUAUGUGGGCAAAGGAAAACGCUCACGUCCUUACAGUCAUCUUUACGAGGCCUUGGAGUACUACAAAGGCGAUAAGACUUCAAAGAAACUCUGCUCCAAAGUGCAGCAAAUACUUCAGAUAUGGAACGCUGAGCAGGGGGUCAUCUCACUGCAUUGCUUCCAGAACGUCAUUCCUGUGGAGGCCUACACAAGAGAGGCCUGCAUGGUAGAGGCCAUUGGAUUGAAGAUGCUCACCAACCUGAAGCGCGGAGAUUUCUAUGGUGUGGUGUCCAAUUGGCAGCUGAAGAAAAAGCGCGAGCUGGGUGUCCAUCUGCUCUACAGGGCCAUGCAGAUAUUCCUGGCUGAGGGUGAGCGACAGCUCAGACCAGCAGACAUAAGACAGUGAGGAAUGAAGAGAAAACAUCUUGAUACAAACUCAAACUCAACAAUUUGCGAUUGCGUUUCAUCCUGAUGGUUCCUGAACAAGAGCUGGAAUUACUUACAGCGCGGGUACCACUCUGCAGAGUGCAGACCGUGAUUUGUGAUCAAGUGUGACUGCAAAAAUGUCAGGAAAAGCCUCAUCGAACAUCUGAACGUUAUUUGGGCUUAAUUAGAAUUCCUUUUCUGGAAGUAGGUGCAGGUGUGGGCUGACUCACAUGAAAACAUGACUUUGAAUGUAAUUGGUGAAACAUAGCCACAUUUCCAGUUAUUUAGAGGGCAUGUACGUGCAACCACAUUAUCUCAGUUGUUUAUUCUUCCUCUCUGAGAAAGGUUUCAUUUCUCUUCACGUGGGUGGUACAGUUCAUAGAUCACAUUCAUGGUCGGGAAAAAAAGUUUUCAAAUGAGAUAUCUUUGUUCCCAUUUAGUUUUAUGUCACAAACAUGGCGUUUGCUCAGGAGUGUGAGUAGCUUUUUAAAAUCAUGUGUAUCAUAGUUUAAAAUCAUGUGUAUCAUACUUUCCUCCCAGUGGGAUAGGUCUAGCAUUACUAUUGACACUUGCUUCUUUAUUAUUUCAUACUAAAGUAGUUGCAAGGGUGGGGCAACAUUUCUCUUUGUCUUUUAGCAGGUGAGUAAAAUGGUUGUAAAAAAAUAUUAAUUUUGUUAAAUUUGCUGAAAAUUACAAAUGUAAUUGUUUUAUUACAAUAAGGUUUGCAUCAACCACUUGUUUUUCAUAAUAUUGAUUGAAAUGCAGAAUUCCACCUUUGGGGGAAACAGAAAUGACAACCAUGGUCUAACUUUAAUAGUCAAACUGCCCAUAUUAUCACGGUGGCUUACUGUAAUAUUAAACAAAGCUUUUCAAAAUACAACCUCGGCCAUGAACACGUAUCUUUAGUACACUACCAUAUUUUAAUGUUGGUAUUUUUGGUGGUACUUGGGAGAGACAUGUUUUUCUUUUCGAGGGCACUUGGGAUAAAAACCCACCACUGAGAUAGUGUAUCAACACAAAGUUACGAAUUGAUUUUACCUGUACGUAGAUUGAACAAGCUUAAGUCCGCAUAGCCUUUUCAACAUAUUUAUUGAAACAUAUUUGCAGAGUUCGGCUUAUGUGAAUCUCAGUCAUAGCGCAUCAUCACUCGGACUUAAGUCUUGAUUCCAUUCCCACAAUUAACCCUCCAAGGAUAUAGACACACACUCAUGUACUGGUUCGCUGGUUAGAAUGCUGCAUGAUCUUCCAACCAUUUCAGUAAUUAUGUUACAUGGGCAAAGUUUUUUUUCUCUCCAAUAUUAGAGUAGAUUUCAUCGUCUUAUUCACACAGCAUGAAUUCAUUACAUAAAAGUUAACUAAGCUAAAAGCGAUGAUAGCCAGUCCCUCCCACCCCCUCCAGCCCGCCCUGACAGCACUUGGUAGCUCCUUCAACCAGAGACUGUUACACCCGCGCUGCAAGAAGGAGAGAUACCGACGCUCGUUCCUACCGACUGCUGUCAGCCUGCUGAAUAAAAAUAACAACAAUAAUAAUAAUAAUCAUUAAAUGAUGUGAAAGAGAAUUGUAAAUAGCACUGCGAUUUAUCCAUUUUGUGUUUAUAUUGCACUUAAUUGAAUGGUGUUUGUUGUUGUUUUUCUUCUUUCUACCUACAUUCUUGCUACUGGAGGCUGUAAUUUUCCACAGUGUGGGACAAAUAAAGGAUAUCUUAUCUUAAAUCACUAGUUAUAUCAGGGUUAUUACAGAAACACUGUCAUUUGCUUGAAUCGCUAACAAGCUCCAUCAACCUGAGGGGGAAAAAAAAGUAAAAUUAUGUUUCCAUUCAAUGACAGCAAUACAACUUGACCGUAUAAUCAUCUUACAAACAAGAGUUUUGGAUAGUUGUAGACGUAUUGGUUGAAGUGUAAAAUGAUUUGUUUCAUGAUCUGACUUUGAUUUGUAUGUUGUGCCACUGUAUUUUUGGGGUAAGCGCUCACCAUGUAGAAACAUCGCGGUCCUUGAAAAAUGUUUUACUACUAUGUAUUCAAUAUGACACAUUGGCACAGAUGGCAAUAGGAGUGUUUAUUUAGAUAAGAUUGUUGAACUGAUAUAACAGUCUUCAACCCUACUGAUUGUAUUGUUUAAUAAUUUGAAUAGUGUGAUGUCAUGCAUAAUAAAGACAUACUGUACUGUCAGUACUUCAUGGUUUUUUUUUUUGCCAUGACGAGGAUUGUAAAGAAGCAUUCUUUUCAUUAUGAUUACCAAUUGCAUUCCGUCCAUCAUGAUUUUGGACUUUAAGCUUCAAUAUUUUAAUUAGCAUUUUUUUAUUUAUAUAUACUGUAUAUAUAAAAAAAAAGCAAAACAGGA